CUCGGAAUCUGCGUUACGGGUGGAGUUGUAGCCGUUAGCUUUGUUGCUACACGUUUACAGUAGAUCAGCGGAGGGUGGAAUUUUAAUGUGUGAAGUUUAUUUACUGAACUAUCUACAAUAAAAAAUAACCAUCAGCAACAGGACAAGAUGAUUUCCUACAUUAUUAAUCUCAUUCGUGGUGGUUUUGAAGGCAUUAUUGGCUUGAUCAUGAGAUUGUUGGGUUCCAAAAAGAAACUUGCUAUAAGUCUGGAGGACCCCAAUGAAAAAUAUCCUCUGCGGCUGAUAGAUAAAGAGAUCAUUAGUCAUGAUACCAGGAAGUUUCGCUUUGCUCUGAAGUCUAUGGAGCAUGUGUUGGGACUUCCCAUUGGUCAACACAUAUAUCUGUCUGCAAGAAUAGAUGGUAACCUUGUGGUGAGGCCCUACACUCCAGUAUCCAGUGAUGAUGAUAAGGGCUUUGUGGACCUAGUGGUUAAGAUAUACUAUAAAAACACUCAUCCAAAAUUUCCUGAAGGUGGUAAGAUGUCCCAAUAUUUGGAGAGUCUUCGGAUUGGUGACACAAUUGACUUUAGAGGUCCAAGUGGACUGCUAAUUUACAAUGGCAAAGGAGAAUUUGCCAUCAGACCUGACAAGAAGUCACCCCCCGAGAUUAAGACUGCGAAACAUCUUGGCAUGAUCGCAGGAGGAACUGGUAUCACUCCUAUGCUGCAGCUCAUCCGGGCAGUAAUGAAGGACCCCAAAGACAAAACACUUUGCUACUUGCUGUUUGCUAACCAGACUGAAAAAGACAUUCUUCUGCGCACAGAACUGGAGGAAAUUGAAGUUAAUCAUCCGGAUCGGUUUAAGCUUUGGUACACCCUUGACAAGGUGCCUGAUGACUGGGCGUACAGCCAAGGCUUCAUCAGUGAACAAAUGGUUCAGGACCACCUUCCUCCCCCUGGCACCGACACACUCAUCCUCAUGUGUGGUCCUCCUCCCAUGAUCCAGUUCGCCUGCAACCCUAACCUCGACAAAGUGGGCCAUGAGUCCAGCCAGAAAUUUGCCUUCUAGGUAACGCUGAUGCUGAGAUCCAGUCCAAGCAGCUUUGGUGCUGAAAACUUCUGGCUUUGCCAAACGUCAUUCGUUGCCAUCUGACUGCGUGUGUAUUUUUAAUUUGCAACCAUUAUUUGCUGCAAAUUUGCACUUCGGUCAGAUGUAUAAUGCAUUUAGUAAAAGCUUCCUUCUUUUUGAGUGAAACAGAAUGUCAGUAUGUGCUUUUGUCAUAAGUUUACAUACGCUCCCAACAUUUAUGUCAUGGUAGUUUUAGGUUUAUAAUUAUUUGACUAAAUGAUUAGAGGCACAUCAUUUUUAUCAGUGUUUUGUUUAUUUUUCCAGACUUCAUUAACAAAUAACAGCAUUUGUUGAGUCAAAUAUAUACAUACAGCACAGUAAAUUAUUAAUUAUAACCUCUUUGUGGCAAGGCCACCCAUUUUUUGUUAUCAAUAUAACUACAGCUGGUUACUUCUCUGUGCCCUUAUAAAUAGGGCUAGUUUGGUUGCACCCAUUGGACUUCACUACAAGCAUUACACUGCAGAAACAGAAACUGGCUCAUACAUUUUCAAAGUCAAAAAUGUUACUUGGGGCCACUUUAACUGAAACAGUAAAACUUUUGGGCAAUUGUGAAUAAAUACAAAGCACUUGGAACAGUGGUCUCUUUUUCAAGAUCUAGAAGAAAACCCAAACUAUACAAUUAGCCAUGUCUGAGGAAGGAUAGGCCAAAUGGCAAAUCACCUGGUACAAACCCCCAACCCCUAACUUCAUGAUAUAAAUUUCCAUUAUGGGGGUAUGUAAACUUAGAUAUAUGAAAAGCUUGAUGAUUCCAUAAACUUAAAAUGUUAUUUGAUGAGUUAUGUUCCAUUUUACUCGUAGAGUGUUUUGAUGUUUUUUUAAAAAGUGCCUUAGCACAUUUCUAAUAUAGUAGAUUUGCUUUAAAGUGAAAAUUCACUAGGAUUGGAAUGGAAUUAGGAAAGUGGGAUGAUGUGAAAGACUAUCAGUGUAGUGUGGAACAUUAUAAAGGAGCACUUAAUGCAAGCUUUAAUGCACUAUAUACUAUAAUUAUAUAAUUUACCAAAUGUAUCUUGUGCUUUUAUAAUGCAGGCAUGGUUUAUUUUAUCCAUUAACUGCCAAAAUACAGAAACACAGCAUAAGCUUGCACUUCUUUUAUUGAUGUCACUUUCCACAAAUAUUUGCAUACUAUAUCUAAAUUGUAUCUUAUUGCAUUGAGUUGACAAAUAAAAGCAUUUGCUUUA